AUGUUCGCCACUCUUAGCCGCAGUCAAGACUGUGCCGUCCAUUACGCCAACAAAGAUCAAAAUGAUCAGCUGACCAGGGAUCUGCCAAAGUUCGUCUCAGAUAAAGAGACAGGUAAUACAUUUACCUUUUGCUAUAAGAGGUACGGACCGGUCAUACGCGACGCUUUGCCGGACAAAAAAAAGCGUGAUCUGAUCCUCAUGAAGGUGGAUGAGAGCGCAUUUCGGAAGUAUGCAAGAAUCCAAGUUGCGGGAACUCGUUUUGAAAUGAUUCGCCAACUGGACUCACAUGCGGAUGACACCCCACUGACGAUCCAAGAUCUGGUUAACGAAUGUGAGAAUUUCACCGCGUUGAAAGGACAACACAGACAUGGACCAACGGUGAUAUCGCUUUGA